AUGUGGUGUUCGCAUGAUAAUUUCUUAUCUUGUGUGAAGGAGGCUUGGCAUAGGCAAGAUUCCGCAUCGGGCCUUUUAAAACUUGCUAUUAGAUUGAAAAGGACUAAGCUAGACUUACGAGGUUGGAAUAAAGAUGUUUUUGGGCGUGUUGAAAGAAAUAUUAGAGCCCUUGAGGGAAGGCUGGAUUUUCUGGAUAAUCAAUUACAGUUGGGAUACUCGGAAGAGGUUGUAACUGAUUAUUUGGUGACUAAAAUAGAGAUUGAUGCUUGGGAAAAAAGAGAGGCUAUUCGGCUGGGGCAAAUAGCCAAGAAAAAAUGGAUUACGAAAGGUGAUCAGAAUACAAAGUUUUCUCACUCAGUCAUUAAUCAGAGACAGAAACAGGGGUAUAUUUCUCGUAUGGGUCUUUCGGAUGGUAGGACCCUGGACAAUGCUGAAGAUGUUCGUUCAGGAGGCUCUGAAUAUUUCCAAGAAUUUUUUACGUCGCCUACGACAGUGGAGCAUGGGGGCUUAUCGGCUCUCAUUGAUAAAUCCAUCUUUGAUGAGGAUAAUAGUAUGCUAUGUUUAGAGCUGUUCGAGGAAGAAGUUAAAGAAGCUAUCUUUUCCAUUCCUAAACAAUGUAGCCUUGGGCCUGAUGGAUUUGGGUCUGGUUUUUUUAUGUCCUGCUUGGAUGUUAUAAUAGAGGAUGUUAUUGAGGCGGCUAGAGAAUUUUUUAGGGGCUCGCCAUUACCAAAGUUUUAUCCAUCUUCUUUAAUAGAUUAA